AUGGGAGAUCCGGCCAAGGCUGAAACAUGGAUACGUGCCAUAGAGCGCAUAUUUAAAUUCCUAAGGUGCACCGAUCAAGAGCGUCUAUCUUGCGUGAUCUACCAGCUCACUGGGUCCGCAGAAUUUUGGUGGGAGUCCAAGCAGCGAACGAUAUCGCGUGAACAACUGGACGCCCUAACUUGGGAAACCUUCAAGGAGGAAUUAUAUGAUAAGUACAUUCCGAGGAGUUACCGUAAAGCUAAAGAGGCCGAAUUUUAUAAUCUAAAUCAAGGGCGGAUGAAGAUGACUGAAUAUGACCGUGCCCUAUGCGAUAUGUCUCGUUAUGCACCAGAUCAAGUGAAUACUGAUGAGAAAAUGGCGGAGAAAAUUUGUGUUGGUUUGAGGCACGAAAUAAGAAUGGCUUUGGCAGCCCGUGGAAGGCUCUCGUAUGCCGAAUCACUGUCUCGUGCUUUGGAUGUGGAGGAAGCAAUGCCACGAGAAAAGACAACAACGCCUACUACCCCAACACCACCUACACCACAACAGAAUUUCCGUGAGAAGAGGAAGUGGGAUGGGAACCGAGGAUCCUUUGACAACAAAAGGUUCCAAGGUACCCCAAACUUUGCACGGGGCAAAGGAAAACAAGCUACUCCCUACCAAGGUGGAGAGUACCGUCAGAGAGCGCCUCCCUGCACCAAUUGCCAAAAGAAUCGUUUGGGUGAAUGCAGAAUUGGGACUAAUGCAUGCUACAAAUGUGGUGGAGUUGGACACUUUGCCAAAGUGUGCCCGAGCAACAACAAUGCUGGUUAUAAGGAGGCUACAUGA